AUGGGCGACGGCAGCGAACCAGUAGUGGCUGGUCACCAUGUCAAUGUAUCAAAAGAUGAGCGUGCCAGCCUCACCUCGCGGGUGAUUCCACAAAUGACGCUGUCAACCGCCUCCAACCCGUUGACGAAACCCUUGGCUCCAAUCUCCGUAACCUCUCCAGCCGACCGCGCCCUCGCACGCUUCGCCAUCGCCGGCUCCUGCAUCCUCACUGGCGGUGCGGGCACACUCGCGCUUGCCGCUGCGCGUGCCCUUCUCGAACACGGCGCCAGCGGCGUUGCUCUCCUGGACCUAGCAGCUACGCUCAAGUCCUCUGCGGCUUCCAUCACGCAGCUUCGUGCUGACUUUUCCGGCCGUGUCGUCACCACGCACGAGUGCAACGUCACAGAUGCAUCCUCCGUGGACGCGGCCUUUGCCGCCGUGGCGGAGGCGCAUAAGCAUGUGAGCACACUAUGCUGCUUUGCCGGCAUCGUCGGCUGUGUGCCCAGCAUCGAGGCGCCAGCGUCCCAGUUCAAGAACGUUGUGGAUGUGAACCUGAGCGGCUCGUUCUUGUGCGCGCAGGCGGCGGCGCGGCUUUUCGCACAGAGCGGCACCGGAGGUAGUAUCGUAUUCACGGCGAGCAUCAGUGCACACAGCACCAACUUCCCACAGCCACAGGUUGCGUAUAAUGUAUCCAAAGCGGGGGUCAGCCAUAUGACGCGUAACCUGGCAGCGGAGUGGGCUGGGAUUGGAGUGAGAGUGAACUGUGUCAGUCCUGGGUAUCUGGACACUGUGCUGAACGCAGGCGAGAGUCUGCAGGAGGUCCGCGACGUUUGGGCAAGUCGUUGUCCAAUGGGCCGGAUGGGGGAUGUGGAAGAGGUUGUUGGGGCGGUAGUGUUGCUCUGCAGCCCGAGAGCAGGACGUUAUAUGACGGGAAGCGAGACGGUUGUUGAUGGCGGAGCAUUGUGUUUCUAG